AUGUCGAAUUACUCCAUUCUCACCGAAGCUACUCGAAUUCUGAACAAAAUUCUCCUUCAGGAUCCCAGAUUACAGCUUCCAGACUCUUUCGUCAAAGCCGCUGAGAAAGUCAAGUUUGUUGGAGAAGACGACCAACCUUUCAUCCUCACACCUCUCAAGAUCACCGAGUCGAGCGCGGCCCUCAAUGCCCUCGUGGCUACAGCUGCAAAUGUGGUCGCAGCCGAGCGCUAUGGCAUCAACUACCAGAAUGUUGAAAUCAACACGGACCUUGCAACGCUUUUUCUUGAAUCAGUGCUACUACCCACCAUCGGUGGCAAGCACUUUACGCAGAACACCAAAAUGCUGACAGAGCUUGCCAAGAUGGACCUCCAUCAGAUGAGCAAGCCAGUCAGGCGAUAUGCGACAAAUGUGUAUCGCACCAAGGAUGGAAGAUGGUAUCACCUGCAUGGAUCUAUGAAUGCUUUGCCUACAAUGGAGAUGUUGGGUGUCGAGGACAGUGACAUUAGCACUGAAGAAGCCUUCGAGACCUAUGUGAAAAAGGUUGCUCAAUGGGACUCCAGCGAUAUUGAGAAAGUCGCAAAUGAAAAGUACAAGCAAGCUGGCGUGAUUUGCUAUACGCCCGAUGAGUUCUUCGCCAGCGAGCAUGGUAAAAUCAUGUCGGAAGAACCCUUAUGGACAUCGACUCGCGUCCCAGCACCGAAGAAAUCAUGGCCUGAGGCCAAAGACAGUCGGAGCUAUAGUCCGCUCGCCGGCAUCAGAGUCUUGGACUUAUCUCGUGUCAUCGCAGCUCCAGCAGUAUCGAAGAUCCUCAGUGUUCUCGGCGCCGAUGUCAUUCGUGUCUCGUGCAGCAGAUUACCAGAGUAUGCGGCAACAAUGCCGGAUCUUCAGACUGGCAAGAGAGACGUUGACAUCGAUCUUAAGACAACUGAGGGACGAAGAACACUUUCUGAGCUUAUCAAAGACGCUGAUAUACUUGUUGAUGGAUACCGCCCUGGUGCCUUGGCGAAGCUGGGCUUUGACUCCAAGUCCUUGCGUGAGUUGAGCCCAAGUCUGAUCUAUAUGAGGGAGAAUUGCUAUGGUUUCAAAGGGCCGCUGUCGUACCGCUCUGGAUGGCAGCAGAUUAGCGAUUGUUUAGUUGGACUAUCAUAUUUACAGGGCAAAUUUCUUGGUCUCGACGAGGCCGUUGUUCCACUUUUCCCCAACUCGGACUAUCAGACUGGAUUAGUUGGAGCCGCGGCUGCCAUCCAAGCAUUAUUAGCCCGAACCCAAGAAGACGUCACCUUCGACAUCGACAUCAGCCUCACGCAGUACAACAUCUGGUAUUAUCGUCUCGGAUCGUACACCGAGGACCAGCAAAAGGCUCUUAGAAGCCGUGACCUGCAGUUCAGCCCUCGCCAUUUCGAUGAUAUGAGUGCGCUCGUUGGAAAGACACAUCAGUCGUUGCAAAAGAUUCGUCCCGAGAUAUUUAAGCACCCCGAGUACUUCUGGGACAUGAGUGGCAAGGAAUACGGAUUGGAUGAGGACUUCAAAGUGCUGGCACCUGCAUUCAAGUUUGAGAAGUCGAGUAUUGGUUGGGAUGUCCCGACCGGACGAAGAGGGCGGUCGAAGGCCGAGUGGGUAGCAUGA